UACAACGCAUUUUAAAGUGUCAAAAAUAAAACAUAACCUCUUUUUGAACACGCGUUUCGAAGAACACGCAUUUAAUUUCAAUUAAGUUAAAAUGACGAGAUUCGCGCGUGCGAAAGGAUCAAAAUCAUCCAACGAAAGGGUACCCGAAGAAGCUACAUCAUGGCAAGAAAUGCAACAACAAUUACAAGAUAAAAAACGAGAAAUUGACGAUGAAAAGAAUCGCAAAAAAGCUGAGGAGAAGCGCAAAGAAAAUUAUAAAAAUUUUUUGGAUGAAUUAGACGAUUCCAAAGAGGUAUCAUGGGCUGAAAUUAAAAGUGAAAAAAAUGAGACCCCUAAAAAGGGGAAAAAAAGGAAAUUGAGUGUGUCUCAACCACAAAGUGAAGAAGUCAACGGUAAAAAGACCCCGAAGAAAAUAAUUAAAAAAAAAUACGAAGAAUUAACCGAAGAGGAAAAGAAAAAGGUUGAUAAAAAACGAGAGAAGAAAUCGAAACAAAUAGAAAAAAGAAAUUUACUUAAAAAAGAAAAAAUCCAAAAUAAUAAUAACAACAAAAAGAAAAUUCCUAAACCGAAAGAUAAUAAAGAACACAAACGAAGAAAACCGAUUGAAAAACCACAAACUUUACACAUAAACGGAACAGUCAUAAAAGUAACCAAAUUUGAAGGUUUCCCGGUUAAAUCUGACGACGCAGAGAGACUAAAAAAACUCCGAAAAGACAUGAUUUCGAAAGGAAUCCCUCGCAGUGAAAUUGAAAUCGCCUUAAAAUUAGAACGUAGAAAAGCCGAGAAAGCCCUAGCUAGGGAAAAGAAAAAAGUUUGUUUUAAUUGCCGCAAAUCUGGCCACGUUUUAUCUGAAUGUCCGAAUUUAAACGAUGAUAAACAAGAUACAAUCGCUUCAGGUGUUUGUUUUAAAUGUGGAUCAACGGAGCACACUCAUUUUGAAUGCAAAGUUGUUAAAGAUGAUAAUUAUAAGUUUGCUACUUGUUUUAUUUGUAAUGAGCAAGGUCAUAUUUCUCGACAGUGUCCCGAUAAUAAUAGGGGUUUAUAUCCUAAAGGUGGGGCGUGUAAAGUUUGUGGGGAUGUGACGCAUUUAAAGAAAGAUUGCCCAAAAUAUCAAGCGCAACAGGAAGCUUUGAAUGUUGAAGUGGAUAGCGUUAAUUUUGACAACAUCGAAUGUUUGGAUGGGGAGAAAAAGAAGGAUAAGAUUAAUAUUUUGUCUAAUAAAGUAAUUAAGUUUUAAAACGUUAAUUAUAAAUAAAAUGAUAAAAUAUUUACAA